UGCAAUUUAGCUCACCGUUCCCCGUUCAUUCUAUCAUCGAAGAGUACAAAUGGAGGCAGACUCAAUUUUCCAUGAAUGCUUUCUGAUCGCCCUCAAAGAUGAGAUAUUCACGAUUUCUCACCCUUGCGGUUCUGGGGGUUGUGCUUCACUGAGAGAUAAGGAAGCUAUCACCUGUGCCCCUCCUGAAUCGCCCCUGAAUGUGCACUGGCUUUGUCUGCUUUAGAACAAGAUCUCUCACACUUCAAUGUGGAUUGUGGACUUGUAUUACGAUCUUGGUCGUCCCGAAAUAGUGGUCGCAUUGUUCAGCAGCCAUGCUAAACAAAAACAACAUGUGGUCAAUAAGCGCCUUUAAUAUUGAUGCUAGGUAAUUGAGAUGCCUUGACUUGUGCUCCCAUACCAUUAUAGCUCAAUAAGUUUGUUCGAUCGACCAACACUGGCCCAGCCACUCGGACUCGAAACAAAGAAAACGACAGAUAUAAGUGAUCCUCAUGGUAUCCGGGUUUCGAAACUCCAAUUGCCCGUGCAUCCAAUGCGGCCUAUGGAGUGGAUUGAAAAGACAAAGGAGUGCCCUCAAGAAACUCCGAGAGCGCCAUUGCGAGGGUCUGGCAGAUGGAUCUGGACACAAACAUGGCGUUAAAUUAGUGAGUAGAAUGGACACUCACACACGGUACUGGAUGAUCUGAGCUAUACAGAGGUGUAAGUGCCCAGGUGGUUUUGUUUUCUUUGUCCCUCCAAGGUCUAUCUAUUGUGGACUAAGGCAUCCGAUCACACUCUUCGGAUGUCCAUAUCAACCAGGCAGCUUAUAAGCCUGAUAAAGGUACUUGGGAGAGAUGCUGCGACUACUCGAGACUACCGAUAUUAUUCUUUGGAAACUCUUCCUGAGCCUUUUCGUCUGUGGAAAGUCUGAAGACGAUCUCGAGAAGUCUUUCACUAUUCAUUAGCUCUUUAAAUGAGUCAAUUCCCUUCCCAAGGCAACAGUUGAUCCAUGAACCAGCUCUCAACAAGGGAGCUUUGCAUAUCACAAUGACCGACGAGUGCCAGGAACCCACAGAAUACGAAUACUCGAACUACCAUGUCAAGUGGCUCGGGAAAAACUACAAGCUAGGCGAUCCAACGCAUGGAUCGAUCCUGGAUUCGGAUCUCGAAGACUUUGCUAGGGAUGAACAUCUUCGUGCGAAGGAAGCAAUACACAGCCAAUCUCUGAGAAGUGCCCGCGCCCUUUGUGCAUUUCAUGGUUAUGGAAGAAACUCUGUGUGGCCACCAGUUGACCCGGGAAGGCCUACCGAAGAGCUUUUGGAAGAAUUUAGGCAUGUCAACCAGGUCGUUCAAUCGGAAUGGUCGAGAUUGAUUGAACUCGUAGUCGGCAAAGAGCGAGAGAUCCAGGAGAUCAUCAUAAACCUCACUGAUGAAAAAGUCAGAGACCAAAAUGGGAAGAUUCUAUGCAUUCAAGACUGCCUAGAGAACAGCUGGGAAGAGACCAGAAAAGCAUUCAAUGCCCAAUACACCAAAAGUCGUUCAGAGUCAAGACCCGUUCACAUGGAGAGUGAUUUCAGCCUAGAUCCUGAAGGCCAUAUCAACCCCAACCAUUCAAGUGAUCUCGACGAGUUUGCCCAUGAGUAUCUCCGCAACGUCAGAGUCAACUUCCACUGGAAAAACAACGGUAUACCGAGGAUGCUCGAGGAAAAGAGACAGUACCCACUAUAUCGCAGUACAGCCAACUAUCACGACGACAGGGAGGCUAUGGAAGAUGCUAUCAUGGACGAUGUCAAGUUCCGAAAUUUGAGGAAACCCAGUCCAGACCCUGCAGCAGAUGCCUCUGAACAAGCCGGGUGUAACUUCGAAGUAGAAGAUGCACUGCGAAAGCAAAGAGCUCAUUUCUUGGUCUCGCACAUCAACAAGGAGGAUCUUUCUAUCCCGCUCAAUAUGCUCAUGUUCAUCCACUAUCGGGCCCGACUUCACCCCAUUGAGUUUGCUUUCCAAGAUAACAAUCGCAUGCACCUAGGAAAGCAGUCUCACAUUUUGUCAGGCGCUUGCGAUCCUUCGUUUUAUGUCAUGUUUGUCCCGGUAAAAGACCGUGAGUACGAAAAUCAAUACCAAAGAGCUUGGUGUGAACCCAAAAUCUUGUCCAAGCACUCACCCGAGAUGGAUGAAGACAGGUUUGAGGACUUGCAAUCCGCCGGACGGAUUUUCGGUAGCAUGGAAGCAUGGCUUAUACUACAAUCCCAAGCAAUUACAUACCUUUUCUUGGCUACUUUCUGCAAACAGAUGCUAGAUCUGGCAAAGCAUGAGCUGAUCACAGGCCACACUAGCAGACUCAGCAAAAAGGAGAUUCUGGAAAUUGAGAUUUCAGCAGGACAAAAGAUCAAGAUGCUGAAAGAAAAGAAAGGAGCCGAAACAAUGCAAGACAUCGCAUCGAUUCGACAAUAUGAGCCAAAUUGCACUGGGGUCAACCUACAGAGGUAUCGCACCAAGCUCAAGAUAAAAAGUGCAGCGGCUGAAGACCACAUCAAGAAUCUUUUUGACGACCCUGCCUAUCUAGUCAAAUACAUCGUGGAACAAAAGGAUCAUCAUUGGACUAAUAUUGUCGAAGACUCAACCUAUCUGCCGAAUGAGUACUCUCAGAGCUACCAUGACGCAAUUUUGCGUAAAGUACUAUAUCGAAGUUGCAUGAGAAGCGUACUUAGAAGAGCCUUUUUCGAGUUCUUCAUUUGGGAUGCCGUUACAGAUGCCUUGGAAGAUUUUGAAACCUUCGAACGGGAGACACUCAAAGAACCACCCAAGAUGGAAGAAUUCGGAUACUGCAGGAGGACAGCUGCACCUAGGCCUCAUGUUUCUGAAGAACUUGAUACCUAUACAGCGAAAUACCGUCAACUUCAGGAGUUGAUCCGGCACGCCGCGGCUUUCUUCAUCUUCGAAUUCCGUAAAGAAGCAAUUCAUGCUGCGUCUGAGCCCAUGCGCAACACCUACCUUACCACUAGAAGGCCAGAGUACAGGCAGGACUGGUUGAUCAGAGAGUACUAUGACAGCGAAGACAUUAUGCUUGACUUCCAAGAAGAGGCUUUGCACAGUGGCCGAGGGGAAAAACAACGUAUCGUGGCUGAGCUUAUUGAGAACUUCAUUUCGAAUAAGCAUUCCUCCAUGUAUGUCGGCAUCCGGAAGACUACGGAUAAAGUAAAGAGGCAUAUCGAAGCCCACAACAGUGAUGCUGAGCCAGAAGACAAGUUCUCCAAUCUGAUAAGCCAAACAAUCGACGGUUUGGAUUUACUCGCCGAUGUUGCAGAGCAUCUGGAACUUAUACCAGGCAUGUUCCGCAAAUUUAACGACUGGACGAAAGAGUCCGAGGAAGAUGUUCGCGAAACGGUCUCGAGGAUGCUCCAGGAGUUUUCAUCAUAUGACCUUCUUGCGCUCGAUAACUGUGAUUUUCAAGACCAACACGUCCCUGCUAAACGGACGCAUCGAAUAUUCCGCUUUCUCGACGAACUGCAAGGAUUUGAUGUCAAAGAAAAAGAGAUGAGCUUUGGAAAGGCGAAGGGCGACAUCAAGCGCUUUGGUGCCUCUCUUCUCCGGGGGCUUAUCUAUCCAUUGAAUGAAAAAGCCGAUAAGCUUGUAUAUCGGUACAAAACCUGGGGCAUGGGUGUCAGUCCACGUCUUGGCAGAGGGAAAGUAUUCCCAGCAGAUGGACGGGCACUCGAGCGUCUGACGAAAUGCAUGGGAAUCACCAGGGAGCAAUUCCCCUUUGCCGACAAUGAACUUCCUCUCGAUCUCGACGCUCAAGGAUCCAACCGCAUACAGAAGACCUCUGAGGGGGACAGAAAAAUCACAUCGGAGAUAUGGUUAGCCCUCAAGGAAGUUAUGACGAAACAUCGGCAAGAGCAGAAGAAGAAGCUGGGAUAUCAGAAGAAGCGCAAUAAAGAUAAGGCACCGCCACUGAAGCCGUCCGACCCAUACAGGGUCGGCAAGAAGGACAAUAAGGGAAAGGCGCCUAUACGAACGACGGGGAAGCAAGUGCGAGAAGAGAUGGAGGCGCGCGACGAUGUAGAGAUGGAGGACGUGGGCUUUGAAGUUUUACCCAUGUUGAUUAGCCAAAUUGGCCGUCAAAAACCUGGAGAGUCGUCACGAACGAACGCCGAGCCAGAGCCAGAACCUCAAACUCAGCCCACGAAUGCACCCCAGGAAACAUUCAAUGCUCGGCCGUCCCGUGUACGUCCUAAGACCAAAUAUAGGCCUCCGCCUAAAAAGCAGGUACGCCGUACCGAACCUGUUCUGGAUCCUAAGAUGGCACCAGACGGACUACCCAAGAGAGAAAUCAACAAGCAUGCAUGGGAGACACUGAAGUCACUCACGAUGCGGCGACAAACAUUCACCAACGCCCAUGGAAAAAAGACUACAGAAGAACUCCCAGCGGUUAAAUUGAACGAUGUUGAUAGCACAUUCGGCCGCGAGCUCGGGUUUCGUAUGGAAUUUGGGAAGGGUCGGCACCGUAAGUUCAUUUGGAAUGAGAAUUGCGUAUUGCCAGAAUCGAGUCUGGUCAAGAAUUUCAACUUCAAUCCUGACAAGAAAGCGGCAAAAGGCUCGGACCUGAUACAGGAAACAAUGAACAAUUGGAGCUCAUGUUUGGAGGAAGCUGGGAUUACUUGGGACUUUGUAAAGCAGUGGUUCAUACAGAAGAAGGAGAAGAAAGAGGCGGAGGAGAAGCAGAAGAAGGAAAAGGAGAAGGAGAAGGAGACAUAGGAUGUUGGAUCCCAAGAGGCUGUUGCAAGGCUAUCUCUUUUGCUUCUACGUGUCUUUUUUUAUUGACUUGACUUGUUUUUGUUUGCCUUUUUGGUGUCUCGUUCUUAGUCGCGAAAUGUAAUCGAAACCACAAUCAUGACUUUACGGUGGUCUCAAACAAGUGUAUAAGGUACGUUUAGCUGCCAACAACAGAUCGCCCAUGCUGCGCAGUAUCUACCACAUCUUGGCAACUGUUAACCCCGUUUAAGACUAAACCUGAAAAAUAGCUUCUUAUGAACAAGUAUUGGAUCAUUACCAUUGACCAAGUUUCCAAUCCACCAACUAAUAUGGUAUUUGCAGUUAUCCGGACGUUUCGUGGUAUGAAGCCAUGGAAGCGACACGGGUUAUAGCAAGUGAUACUUAU